AUGAUGACUGGCAGUUGUGGUGCUGUUGUUGGUGCUGUGGGCCGGCGGCUGCUGCAGCAGGCACGGGCAUCGCAGUGGUGCAGUGCUGCUGUUCUGUCGCGAAGCCUCUCGAGCAGCAGGUUGUGCUGCGACAAGAACAGGCUGGCUGCACGAGCCAGUGGCUUUGAAGACACUGUGUGGGUGGAAUUCACGCCACUGGCCCAGAAGCAUGGCGCCGUCAACCUUUCUCAGCAGGGCGGCGUCACCACGAUUGACGAGGUCCUCAAAGCCAGGAGAAAGCUCCAGCGCACCCUGACCAAGAUCCUGGAUGAACGCACCCCCUACAGCCACAAGCGCACCGUCCGCGCCUUCCAGCUCAGCGCGGGCGGCCCCGGCUCCUUCCACUGGCUCACCGUGAUGCCCAGCUGCCCAGAACUCACCCUCAACGAUGCACAAUUCCGGACUUCCCUCAGUGCGCGUAUCCGAGUUCCAGCGGCCGGGUACCACCCUCGCGCCUCGUGCAGGGCAUGUCACAAGCCAACGGAGAGCGCGUUCCACCAGGAAAGCUGCCAAUCUAUCCGCAAAAGGCGACACGAUCGUCUUAACGGCGACAUCGCCGCAUUCCUCUGCAGCAGCGGCCUCUCGGCCAAGCGCAGCCACGAAGCCACCAUGACGUGUCGCUACGGCAAGGACGGCGGGGCCGGCGCGGAGUCCAGACGCACUCCAUCUUUCCCACCGAACGCAACACCAACACCUGGGCCACGGCCGCCAGAGCAGCAACAACAACAACAACAACAACAACAGCCACGGCGCAACGGACGCUCCGACCGCGGAAGCCGCCGGGCCCGCCAACCCGCGAAGGCCGGCCGCAGCGCCACCGCCACGGUCGACGGGGAAGGACCGAGCGACAGACGCGCCGUCUCGCAGCCGGCGGCAGCGGCGUCAGCGACCACCCACUACAUAGUUCGAUAG